UGUGCACGCGUGUGCGACGCGCGACAACGGAGUGUGUGUGUGUGUGUGUACAUGUGUGCGCGCUAACAGUCGCGUCAAUCGUCAACGCGCGAUCCUUUACGUCUCGCACCGCGUUGCAGCAGCGGUUGCGUGUCGGAGUCGAGGAUCUGAGAAUCGCAUACCGGCGCGAAACGAUCUCGCUCGCGCGCGCGCGUGCAAAACCGACGAAGUAUGGGAAUCAUGCAAAGUCGCGGUGGCGAGAGCGAUGGCGGUGUUCGCGAGGUAUUCGUCGGCGGUGUCAAGGCCGGCGUGCCUCAUCACUCGUGUCAACCCAGCCUGGGCAUGGGCAGCCUGGGCGGACCUCACACACGCAGCGGCAGCGUACGCAGCGCGCCGAGACAACCGAUGCCGGACGCGAUCGAGCUCGAGAGGCGUUUCACCAAAGUGCUGGCUUCUAUGGAUUUGCCACCGGACAAGGCGAAGCUUUUGAAGCAGUACGACAAUGAGAAGAAAUGGGACAUCAUAUGCGACCAAGAAAGAGUACAAGCUAAGGAUCCACCGUCCCAUUAUUUGGCAAAGUUACGCACCUAUCUGGACCCCAAAGCAUCACGAAGCCAUCGAAAAAGAAAAAUGGUUGGAGAAUCUACAUCGACCCAAGUAUUACGAGAUUUGGAAAUAUCUUUGCGCACAAAUCACAUUGAAUGGGUAAGAGAGUUCUUGGACGAGGAAAAUCAAGGCCUAGAUGCCUUGAUAGACUACCUCAGCUUCAGGCUAUUGAUGAUGCGGCAUGAGCAACGGCUCUUGGAAUCUCACACAAGCUCUGAGGAAAAAUUACAAACCGGUAAGAAGUUGAUUAGAAGACCAAAAAAAGAGACGAAUCGGAAAAUAUAUCUUAGCCUAUUAGAUAAACAUAAUAAAUUAGAUACCAAAGUUAAUUUGCUUAUACAAAAAAUCGAAAAAUUUAUUAUAUUCAAACAUUUGAAAUAUUUACAGGAAAGAGUACAAGCUAAGGAUCCACCGUCCCAUUAUUUGGCAAAGUUACGCACCUAUCUGGACCCCAAAGCAUCACGAAGCCAUCGAUCGUAUCGUUUUCUUACAUUCUUCCAGAAAAGAAAAAUGGUUGGAGAAUCUACAUCGACCCAAGUAUUACGAGAUUUGGAAAUAUCUUUGCGCACAAAUCACAUUGAAUGGGUAAGAGAGUUCUUGGACGAGGAAAAUCAAGGCCUAGAUGCCUUGAUAGACUACCUCAGCUUCAGGCUAUUGAUGAUGCGGCAUGAGCAACGGCUCUUGGAAUCUCACACAAGCUCUGAGGAAAAAUUACAAACCGCAAGCACCGGUGAUACCUCAACGUUAAACAACGGAUGCUUGAGGCCGCCUCUCCACGAGCUUAAAGACAGUCCUGGUGUCAAAAGGAGAUCCCGACACGUGGCGCGCUUAAAUAUGGGUGAAGCAAAGGAUGACAUUCAUGUUUGCAUAUUAUGCAUGCGUGCCAUUAUGAAUAAAUGGGUAAGAGAGUUCUUGGACGAGGAAAAUCAAGGCCUAGAUGCCUUGAUAGACUACCUCAGCUUCAGGCUAUUGAUGAUGCGGCAUGAGCAACGGCUCUUGGAAUCUCACACAAGCUCUGAGGAAAAAUUACAAACCGUUACGCUCAUGGCAUAUUUCACCCAAUACGAUAGUUUUCAUAUAGAAUUUAUGGUCGCCUGUAUGCAGUUUGUCAAUAUUGUCGUGCAUUCGGUCGAGGACAUGAACUUCAGGGUACAUUUGCAAUACGAGUUUACGAAACUUGGAUUGGAUGAAUAUCUCGAGAAACUUAGACACACGGAGAGCGAAGAUUUGCAGGUUCAAAUCUCGGCUUACCUGGAUAACGUAUUUGACGUAGCUGCCUUGAUGGAGGACAGCGAAACAAAGACUGCAGCAUUAGAGAAAGUAGCGGAAUUAGAGGACGAACUUGGUCAUGCGCAUGAUCGUAUGGCAGAAUUAGAAAGAGAAUCGUUGGCGAAAUUGGCGGAGUUGGAGACUGAAUUAGGCGCAUUAAAAGUAGAAUACGCCGACGCCUUGGAAGCGCGUAGAUUAGUAGAAGAGGAACUUACAGCUUUGAAGAGACAGAGGCAAGAUUCCGCCCGAAGGCAAAGCGUUCUGGAAAAUAAAAUCAUCGAGUUGGAAAGUCUCACGGAUACGCUUACGAAAGGCUCAUCAGCCGUUAUUCUACGAAACGGUAUCGCAACGAGUCCUCUAAGUAACUCGAAUGACAUCACAUCUGAAAUAUUUACCUCGGCACCAUCACCGAUUUCGGAUCAACCGCCUCCACAGGCUCCUGCGCCGCCACCUCCACCCCCGCCGCCAUGUCCACCGCCGCCUCCUAUGGCGCCAUUUUCUCCAGGAGAUCAGAAAUUACCGCCACCUGUUCCUAUACCUCCGCCACCCGCCGGCAUGAUGCAAGCGCCCGAUGGAGCAAUGACUAUUAAACGAAAAGUUCAAACAAAGUACAAACUUCCUACGCUUAAUUGGAUUGCUCUAAAACCUAAUCAAGUGCGAGGUACUAUCUUCAAUGAACUGGAUGACGAUCGUCUACACAACUACAUUGACUUCUCCGACUUUGAAGAGCGAUUUAAGAUCGGCAUGAGUGGGCACGUGGCCAACGGUAGUAGUGAGAUUGAUGGACUUCAAAGCUUUCCCAGUAAACGAUUCAAGAAACCUGAAAAUAUAUCACUUUUGGAACACACGCGAUUGCGAAAUAUUGCCAUAUCGCGUCGCAAAAUGGAAAUGCCAGUGGAGAAAGUAAUAAUGGCGGUAAAUGCUCUCGACUUGAAAGUCCUCUCGCUUGAAAAUGUGGAAUUGUUGCAACGUAUGGUACCUACAGAUCAAGAAAUAAAGGCUUACCGCGAAUAUAUUAUAGAAAAGAAAAAUGUCAACUUAUUGACGGAAGAAGAUAAAUUUUUGAUGCAGCUUGGUAAAGUAGAAAGAAUAUCUACCAAGCUGUCAAUUAUGAACUACAUAGGAAACUUUUUCGACAAUUUACACCUUAUUACACCACAAAUACAUGCUGUGAUAUCUGCGUCCAGUUCGGUUAAGAGCUCAAAAAAAUUAAGAGCAGUAUUAGAAAUUAUUCUUGCCUUUGGUAACUACUUAAACAGUAGCAAACGAGGCCCUGCGUACGGCUUCAAAUUACAAAGCUUAGAUACAUUAUUGGAUACGAAAUCGACUGAUAAAAGGAUGUGCCUUUUGCAUUAUAUUGUUGCUACAAUACGAGUCAAAUUCCCAGAACUGAUCAAUUUUGAAUCAGAAUUGAUGUACAUCGACAAGGCUGCAACAGUUUCGCUGGAAAAUAUAACAACCGACGUUCACGAGCUGGAAAAAGGCAUGGAUCUUGUGCGAAAAGAAUACGAAUUGCGCGGCAAAGAAAAGCACAAUACAGUAUUGCGCGAUUUCUUAAAUAAUUCUGAGGAAAAAUUACGUCGUUUGAAACUUGACGCACGCACUGCCGGUGAAGCUUUCCGAGAAUGUGUCGAAUUCUUUGGAGAAAGUCCGAGACAAGCUGAUGCUAAUACCUUUUUCUCACUUCUUGUCAGAUUCGCGAGAGCAUUUAAGGCAGCGGAUCAAGAAAAUGAACAACGUCGUAGAUUAGAGGCUGCUGCAGCAGAAGCUUUAAAUACUUCAGAGGAAAUCAUAAAACGUAAUAAAUUGAAUCAGAAGAAACAACAGGAUGCUGUUAUAAACGAACUGAAGAACAAAACGCGAUUGGUGCAAGAGAAGAAGCUAUUGCAGCAAGAUGAAGUGUAUAACGGUGCUCUGGAGGAUAUUCUUCUCGGCCUUAGAUCCGAACCGUAUCGCAGAGCGGAUGCUGUGAGACGUAGUCAACGACGACGUAUCGAUAAUCAUAGACUAUCACGCACUGCCGAAGAGCUUGAACUCUAAUUUUUUGCAUUUCUAAUCCAUCCGCAUCUCUCAAAGUGCUUCAAUUCUAUAGAACGAAGAUUGCCUUGUAAUUUGAUGAAUUUACAGAAUUAAAGUCUCAUUGUAAUUUAGCUUUACAUAAAAAAACAACACGAAAUUAACAAAGAGAACAUCGAUAUAUAGUUUGAGAAUAUACUUUUGAAAAUAUUAACUGCGCGCACACACAACUAGAUAAUAUGUGUAUUAUAUACAUUUGAUAUUUUCCCAAUUUUUGGAAGCUUUUUAUUUGUAUGCUCUGUUACGAGCGUACAAAUCUGCAACCGAACGCUAAUAUCAAUUUAGUACGUCCAAUUAGAAUUGACUUUUUGCACAAGUCGCUUAGUGGUGCUGAAAGUUCACAAUUGUCAUGAAUUUGAAAUUUACUUACACAUUUCUAGAAUGUAAAUUUUUCGAACGGCGGUAUUAAUUAUUAUUAAUUAUUACCGAGCUGUAAUUAGAGAUCUUAGAAAACGCUUGAUAUUUAAUGAUCUUUCUAUGCAUAGUUGAUACAUGAAUCUCGUAAUUAAAGAUGUAUGAACACCUUUCCAAGAUAGCAUAAUAUUACCAUUAAUUAAGGCACACUUCUUUGCAUUUCUAUGCAAUUCCUUUUAAUAUUGUUCAAGACAUUUACAUUUAUGGAAUUUUUAUGUAUAUCGAUUAUAUAUAUAACUAAUUUUGUUUUCCUCUGUUUCAUAAAGCGUAUAAAAUUGUUUAAUUAAACUUAAUUGUUGAUUGUUAUACAUAUUGUGAAAAUAUUUAUAAUUCCACUAUAUAAAUAUGUAUUCAUUAAAUUAAUUACUCUCAUCCUAUGAUUGCUUAAUGUCAAAUGGAUAAAGUCAUUUAACUCUUAACGUAAGUUUGUGUGUAGAAUCGGUCUAGAGCGCAGUCGCAGAUUUUUAUAAAUUUAUGAAACGUAUGGUAUCUGUGGACAUUCCAACGAAACGUGCAAUAAGCUGGGAAAGCCUAUUACAAAAUAUACAAGUAUAUCAGCUUGAAAGCAAAAGCACGGAAUUCGAAAUAAAUGCUUACACUUUCGUAUUAUGAAAGUUAUAAAGACAUAUAUCUUCUUGCAACAAAAAAGUAAGGGUAAGAUCGUAUAUUACAAAAAAGAUGAUUGACUAUAUGUAAUAUUCCAUAUGUAGCUUUUUUCACAAUUCAAUAUAUAGCGCCUGUUAUUAUGACGUGCAAACAAAAGCGAGAUCUAAGUUUUCUCAGAUUCCUUAAAUGUAUUUCGAAAACGUUUUUGCAGCAUACUUAUUACAUUCCUUACAUUUUCUAUCAAGAAUAUCCAUAUAAUAUGCAACUAAAAAAACUACAAUAGAAUUUUAUACCAUAGUUUAAUAUAAUAUAUCAAAGUUUUAUAAGAAGUAAAUAUACAAAAAUAAUCAAAAUAUGGAUCAUUACGAUCAUUCUCUAAAAUUCUUAUUAAGUAAACUUAUAGCAAAAGACUGCAGUUCUAUGAGCCUUUUCCUAAUUGACAACAUAUCUCAAGCUUUCGAAAGAAUGGAGUUAUAUAUUUUUACUUUUGUACGUUUUUUAUAUAUACACAUUAUUAUGGAGGAAAAGAAAAAUGUAAAUAUCGCUGUAAUAUAUAAAAUACUUAAGUGAUUAUAUAUAAAAUAAUGUAAUUAUUAUUGAUUAGAAUAAUUGCCAAUGUGAUGUUUAGAUAAAAUAUUUUAUGUUGUGUUAGUAUUAUUUGGAGAGCCAUUAUAUUGUCCAUUAGCGAUGCGACGAGAAAAAGAUAACUAAAUUUUGAUCUUUUAGGAUUGAAGCAUUGACGUAUCUUAUAUAUUUUUUUGCAAAA